UCAAGUCCCAUGUCAUGGCAGACAUUUGACGGCGUUUGCUAAAAUUUUCGACUUUUCGUGACAUGUACGUCAUUACGACAUUUGAUUGAUAAAUUUCUAAAGGACCCAUCAAAAUUAGUUUGUUUGAAAGUUGGUUUACGCGCUAAAUGUGUUUAUAAUAUAAAUCGGACUUCAAUUACGAUGUGAAUUGUUCGUGUACAAUUUUGGUGACGCGCCAUUGAUACCUAAUCAUGACCGCACAAAAGUGCGUUGUCGAAGGCUGCAAUCUGGAAUAUGAUGUGGUCUGCAGCUUCUCAUUUUACAAUGCCAAUGUGACAUCGGACAAUGAACUCCAACGGCAGGAAUGGAUUGAUGGUGCUAUGCACGAGCAAAGCGAAUGUCUCUGGAGGCAUGUCAGCUUACAGCUGUGUGGAUACCAUUUUGAGCUGGACAACCAGGGACUAUGGAUUGACUCCCCGAUGCUACCCGAACUCUUGACCGUGCAAGAAAAACCACCAGCAUUGACACCGUCAGCUGAAGACACUAGAAUCGCUGAAAUCGUUCGAAUGGACCACAAUUACAGCGUCGAGCCCCAGAACAAGGAGAACCCUGAUAACAUAUCUCGACUUAACGUGAGACAACUCGUCGACACGUUAGGAUACCUGUCCCUGAAGAAUCUCCAAAGGAAACAGCUUUGGGUCGUGAAGGUGGAAACUGACAAGGCUGAGGCGUCGAUAACCCAGUCGGAACAAGUCAUCACCAAAAUGCAAGACUCCAAGCAGACCAUAGAGAUAAUACCACAAACAUCGACUUCAGCCGAUCAGCCGGCCAGCGAAGUGCUACAGAUAAUGGACGAAAACGCCAUACCGGAGAACUUUAUAUACGAAAUAGCCGAAGAACAAGAGAUAUCGAUGGAGGAAGUCAAAGAGAUACCUUCUUCGGGGAACCAGGAGUGGAUCGUGAAUAUAAUACCGGAGGAAACGAAGAAUAAAUACGCUUACAUCAAACACUGCAGUACGGGGAAAAAGAAGAGACAUUUCACAGCCGAUGUGAACGAGAUAACAUUACAAGGCGACUUUGAGAAUUACUACAUACUGCCAGACGUCGAUCCGUCUGUCGGCGUCGAGAUAACCACGAGCUACGAGCCGGAGAACUACAUAGUCGAGGAGUACCAGCAUCUGGUGCUUGAGGAUCGUCCCAAGAAGCGCGUCAAAGAGGAGGGCAGCGGGAAAAAGAAACGCAAGAGACUGUCUUCGGGGCGGGACGACAUCAAAACCGAACCAGACGAUUGGGUCAUCGAGAAUGCUAUCUCCUAUGACAACGAUGAGUUUGAUGACAAGAAAGCAGCGUCCAGGGUGCGGAGAAAAAAUAAAAAGUACCUAGGCUUCGAUUUUGUUACGUAAUCGAUGUUUCUAAAUAGUGGUCCUUGUGGUUUUUUUGGGUAUUUUUCACGGAUCUGAUGAGUCUAUGGUGUAUCGCAGUAAACAAAACGAGUUAAAAGAAAAAAAACUCCAGCCGUUAUGUUUGUGUGUGCACAGCAGAACUGUACUAACAAAGAACGCUAAAGAUUCAUCAAAGUUAAAUGUAUAGUUUUUAAAAACACCCAAAAUAUUACAAAAGACCAUUAUAAAUAAUGCAUCAUCAUCAUUAUAUUAAAUGCGACUUUGUAUAAUGCUGUUAUCAACGGUGGGCAUUGUGAGCCCAUCUGGGAAAGUACCGACGCUCUGCAAGCUGUAACGAUGCUAUCAUGUGUAUGAUUCGCGAAAUUAAUCAAAUCAUUGAGUUAUUUGUGCUCAUAAGAGUGGAAUUUCGAAAAAAAAAAAA